AUGAUUUUUAACAUCUCCGUUUUCCCUACCAUCAAUUAUUUGCUGAAAGCCAUCCAGAUUGGCUUGUACACGCCAUUUUUCCUCCCGAGGGCGGCCAGAGCGAGGCCUAGUCCCGCCCCGGCUGUUUCCCGGGGCAACGCCGAGACGCUCCGGCGAGUCAGCAUGGCGACCAAGUGGAAAGAGAAGGACAAGGAGAAAGACAAGGAGGUCGUGGUGGCACAGGAGGAAGACAAAAUGAUUAAAGAUGAAGAGGCAAUGGCUUGGAAGUUCCUUUCUCUUACCCAAAUUAAUAGUCUGUUAGAGCAUGAUGUAGCAGGAGUUCAAAAAUAUUUGGAACUGCAUCUGGAUUUGAAACAACAUAAGACGUCUUUGAAAGAAGCUGUUUUGUUGGAUUAUUACGUGUCAGGAUUUUGGUGGGCUAAAAAGAUGGACUUCUCAACUGUGCAGGUGGGAGGAUUUAUGACUCUGUUAAAUCUGCUGUUGGAGAACCUCGGCACUGAGCAUAUGACACUAUUGGAGAACAUCCAAGAACUUAGAAGAACAAUGGUUGGAAUUGGACAGUGUCAUUCAGAGAAAAGUGGGGGGUUUGAGUUCUUCACUGUAGACCAAGCCAAGGCUAUAGUUGACUAUCUGAAAAUCAGCUUAUUCCAGCAUUAUGCACUAUAUGAGUAUCUUUUCCAUAGUCCCCGGGAAGAACUUGUGAUAGGAGAUGAGAAUGUUGUCGAACUCGUCAAGCCUGCAGAUGCCCCUUUCCCUGCUCCCUUGGAAGAAGGUCUGCCUUGUGACAUUUAUUCUUCAUUUAUAGCAUUAAUCCCAGCAGCAGAGGAUGUCAUUGAGGAAAUGGAAGGAAGCGUUCAUGAAGAAGAACAGCCUGAAGCAGAAGCUCCUGUAGAUCCUCUGGCAGGUUAUUGCGUGGAUGACGUUAAGUUGGUACUGGGCAAAAUGACCUGUGAAACGAUCGUCUGUCUUCAGACGGAGAUAAAUGAAAGGCUACAAAUGCAGGAAGAGGCCUACUCUGUGAGAAUAGAAAAGCUGAAGAAGGCCUGAGAAAAUCUGCACAAGUCGCGUGUCGGUGCAGAGUAUUCCACCGGUUAUUUCAAACACACACAAUCUCUAUGUCGUGUUUUGUUUCUGAAGUUCGGCUUGAUCGGGUCAGUGCUGCUUCACAGAGCAAACGUCAUUCUGAAGUCUCUAAUACAACACCUGCAAAUUUAGUUUAGCCUCUCUUUAUGUAUAAGCAGUGGAGUAUUCUGUGAAAACUAAAUGGCAGAGGAAGAAAAUUUAAACUGAACUGAGAUCUGUUUGGUGGUUUUUGAACUCUGAAUGGCAUCGGAUUUGUGAUGUUCCCCCCAUUCCUGUGUUUAUGAAAGGCAUCUGAAUCAUUGAGUGGCAUAACAAUGGGGGAUCAAACGCCAACAUCCUCUUAGCCAUCAUGACCGUGGUGUCUUUCCACUCCUCCCCCCUUGGCUGCAAGCGGGGGAGUAUCCCGUCACCCUUCAGAGUUCUAGAAUACCCACAGUUGUUAAAAACAUAAAGGAAAGGGAAACAUGCAUUUAGUCAAGAUGAACUAUUUGUCUACCCUGAAUGACCAGCGUAGCUUUUCAAGUAAGUAAAUAGGAUGUACGGGUUUGGGGGUAUAGUGCUUGUUCCACACUUCCUAUCUCCCAAACACACACACGCUUUGCACCCAACCCAAUCAAAAGCUGUUUCUGACAGUCCAGAAUGGGGCGUGCUAAAACAUGACAGGCAGACAGAACGUGCAGCAGCACGAGGACAAGGCUGGAUAAAUAGUGAUUCCCCUGCAAGCCAGCUAAAGGAGAACACGCUCCUAGAAUGUUUGGAGAACACCUCUUUGGCGUUAUGCUUCUGCUUCUCUCCACAAUGCAGCACCAGAAGUUUAAAGACAUGAAGUCAGUCAGUGCUUUUAAAUCCCCUUUGUGAAAUAGAUCAGAAAGAAGGACGGACUCCCCCAACUGGCCGUCGGCUCAUUUAUUCACAGUUGUUGAGGCUCAGCUCUGCUUUAUCUCCUCCAACCUGUGUACUGCUACUACUGGUACCCUCUAUCCAACUCAUCCCAUAUCUAGCCUCCUUAAGGCUCCAACAGUACAAUCCUAAACAGAGCCCAUUGACUUCAGUGUACUUAGAAGGGCAUAACUCUGCUUAGGGUUGCACAGUAAGCCUUUUCUUGGAUCUUGUGCCGGCUCUCAGCACCCAGGGUUUUCUUGCUCCUGCUCCGGGCCCACAACCUAGCCCUGCUUCAGACUCCUUUAAGCAAAACUAUCAUCCUGAUUGAGACCCUCUGAAUAGCUACCAGCCAUGCUUAUCUGUCUGGUUUGGCUCUCGUUUCAGUUUGACGCCCUUGUCCAAAGCCUGGGAUUGACCAAUAAUGCUCCCUUCCCUGUCCCAGGCAAUGGCAAGGCCCUCUGAUUUUAACUUUUGUGCACAGGCUCGGUCUUGCACUGCCUCAGUUCUAUCCUUGAAGCAGAAAAAUAUUGUCCACCCAUUGUUGGCUAAGAAAUAGGAAAAAUGCCCUCUUCCCACCGCCGUACUAAAUUAAGUAGAAACAGUUUAUCCCUGUUUAAUCCAUACAAGUGCAUUUCUCAGGAUGUUGACAGAUACAAACCAUCAGAAAUUUAUUUUCAUUAGGUCACAUCAGUCUGUAUCCAGCCACACAUGCCAAAAACUUAAGGGCACUUACGUGUCCUUACCAGAGAACAUCAUUUUACAUUGCUUUCUCCCACCCACUGCAGCCCCCCCCCCCCAAACCUUGCCCCCUAUGUUGUUCCUGUGGAUCUGGUGACCCCUCCCCACCUCCCCAGGAACAAAAUUUCUGGUCAAUUGGAUGCAGCAGAAGGGAAAUCACAGUGUAAAUCACUGGCCCCUCUUAAGGAAACGGAAGUGUCCUUGAGUCCUUGGAACUGCGUGGUUGGUUACAGGUAAACUACCCAGCAUGCUGUUCUUAACAGUGAAAAGCAAGAUUUAUUGAUUGAAGACAAUUCUACCCUACCUUUCAGCCACAAUCUUCCAAGUACAAUCAAAAUAAAAUCACAAUUCAAUAAAUAAUCAGUUCUGCUAAUAAACAUUAAAAAGUGAAUGUCAAACCAAUGUAUCCCAUAUAGUCAAUGCACACACACUACAGAAAAAAAAUAAAUUCAACAAUUUGUUUUAAAAACAGAUUUAAGAAAAACCUAAGUAAGUAUAAACUGUGUUGGCCUGGUAGGCAUUUAACAGAACAAUCCUUUUCAGGUUACUCAAGUCCAUUGAUUUGACGGCUUGAGGGUUUUUGUCGUCUAAUUUUGCAACCAUUUUGGCCUCGUGCUUGAUCAUAAAAAAGCCAGGCACUAGUGCUAUAUCCUGCCUCUGUCCACGAGAGCUUCCAGUUAGCCAUCAGGACUAGUAGACACGAAUAGAACUAUUCCACAUAAAUUUGUCCUUAUAAUUA